UCAGUUUUUGGUGUUUUGUGUCAGCUGUUGGUGCCAUUCCUAGCAGACGUCAGGAAAGCCUACAUCACCACUGCAGCAUGCCUCCAGAAGAAGCUCCCCUUGGCCAGUCCGACUCUUACAGCCCUGUCUGCUCUGGACCCUCUUCUGAGAGGCCACUCACAGGCAACCAUCCAGUUGAAGAGGCUGAGUGGUAUGCUGCGGCACCUAUUGCCAGCAGACCAGGACAUCCAGAGAGAACUUGUGCAGUUCAAUGUUGACCUGACCAUCCCCAGUUUCAAGGAGGGAGAGUGCAUUGUUGAGUGGUGGGGUCAUGUCUUUGACAAGCCAGAUAAGUACCCCUCCCUGAGUGCGAUGGUUAAAUGUUGCCUCUCCAUCUUUCACGGACCCAGGGUUGAGUCUUCUUUUAGUUGGAUGAAUGAUGUAAUUGACCAAAGGAGUAGCAACAUGAAUGUACCAACAUUUAAUGCAAUCCAGACGGUCAAGUACACCCUGCAGUCCAGGGGGAAGACAGCCAUGCAGCUCUACAGAAUGGAGGAUGUGAAGUUCGGGGAGGUGGACAGAACACUAUGCAAGAACAUCAACUCUGCAGCAGCCACAUACAAACGCCAGCAGAAGAUGAAUCAGGAAGAAAAGCAGCAACAACAGAGCAAGUAUGGCUCCCAAGCAUCUGGCAGUGCUCAGCAGGCCAAGAAACAGUCUGCUGAAGAAGAGAAAAGGGCGAGGCUGAGACAUGUGGCCAAACAGCGAAAGCGGGCCUUGGAGACACUGGUGGUCCAGGCAAAGAAGAAAAAAUUUGAUCUGGUUCUGAGAGUAUUGACAAGUGUUUAAUGUUUGUUAUGUAUUGUGUGUUUUUGCCAAUAAAAAAUAUGGAAUAUUCAAAUUUUUCUACCGGGGGAGGACCCUCCGGACCCCCCUAGAGGGAUAAUAUCCUUCUCACCUUUUUCACCCCUGACCCGUUUU